AUGGCCGAUCCUCUGAGUCUGGCCUCUAGUAUUGCCGGCGUUGUUAUACCUGCUCUCCAUGGUAUGCGAUUACUUCACCGGGAUUUGCAGGAUAUAAAGGACGCCCCGAAGAACGUGCAGAAUCUCAAGAAUGAUCUUUCCUUGGUAGACGGAGCCCUUUCGACUCUUCAAGAUAUUAAGCCCGAGGACCUAGAUUCUCUUGGUCCAAGUGUGGAAGACAACAUUAAAUCAACAGUCAAAGUCUGUUCUACGGCUUGUGACAAGUUUCGAGCAGACCUCCAGCGAUGGACUCGCCAUUCUCAAGACAAAAAGCUUUCAUGGAGAGAUAGAUCGACUAUUGGAUUUUGGAAGCAAGACGAUAUCAAAUCUAUACAUGGCAAGCUCCAUAAUUGCCAGGUCAAUAUAACUUCGGUUAUUACGCAAGAAAUCCGAAAAACACUUUCUUUAAAGGAAGCUGAGCUAAAAGCUGCCACUCAAAAUACGAUUCGGCAGCGAGGCCAAGUGGAGCUCCGGCUGGAAAGCCUGAGUAUCCAAGACGCCGAGCCUGAGGAGACAGCCAAAAAUCUCCAGGAAGAGCAAAGGUACCUAGAAGAAUCACAAAAACUCCUGGGGGAACUGUUGGCGAAAAUCCAAGAAGCUGCAAAACCGCAAGCCACUCCUGUGGUCAAUGUUACCUUCGGCGGCCAAAACUCAGGUCUACAAAUUGCCACAAACAAUGCUCCCAUGAGUGGGUUCAUCUUUGGGGGAAGAGGUGAUUAA